UUAUGAGUAUAAAACUAUGCAUUUUAGUACAUCUCCAUGAGCACUUCGCAAAUUUGAAAGUCGAAAUUCAGAUCCUCGGUGAAGACUGUCGAGAAAGACACUCAGACUCAGAUUAUCUCCUGAAUCGACUAGCAAACAUAUCACGCCUCCAUUAGAGCCCUCGCUCAGAAGGCGGACGCCACCUUUAAUUUAUGCCUUCUGACCAUAUACCUGCAUUGGUCAAUUUUCAUAUGCACUUGUUUGCUUCGUAUCGGCUACGUGAGAGCAGACAACGCCCCCACAGCUCAAAUUUAACCCAACUCUUCCAGAUUCAGCUGUUCAGCGGCGAAUUCUGGUAUUUGGUUAUCUACUUAAGUGCGGGAUGCUCCCUGCUCUUCGGGGACUGCUUUUCCACGCAGAGGGUGAUAAACGAAAGCGAAACCGUUGGAGACGCUUGCUACCAAAUCGAUUCCGUCGGAUGCGACUUGCAGUUCCAAAAGUCUCUGACGAUGGUCAUUAAAGAAGGACAAGAGCCCGUUGUCUUUACCAUUGAGAAAUUCGGAAAUUUCUCUGUUGGGUCCAUACAGAUUAUUUUAAAAGCGUCGUUCUCCUACUAUACUUUCUUGAGGAGUUUCAGCUAAACGAAGCGCGCAUCAUGGAAGUGAUCUUCAUUGUACUGCACGUAGGCUAGA